CGUACGCAAUUUGAUCCUGGUCGGUUGGAUAUGGUCAAAUUAAGUGACCAGCUGGAGAUCCCUUCUGUGGUGACAUUGAUGGAGUUCCGCUUGGACAGCGCGGAGUACUGCCAGGCCCAACACAAAUAAACUGCAGGGCGUUUCGUGCGACGAGGGAGCGGAACGUGCCACCGCUGGACCCAUGCUGCCAGGAGAGCGCGACACUACGCACCCCAAACGCUGUACCACGUACACCCACCCACAGUUACCUUAAAUUCGGAAACCACAUAAUUGAAGCAUAUCAUUCAGUUGCCGACGACCGUGUGAUAACAAAACUUAUGUUUUUCGCAUAAUUUCUUUUAGUUCCAUUCCACAUUCUGAACUUUUGUUUGUUCGUCUCCGAAUGCGAUCUAGUGGUUGAAAGCGACAUCCAUGCGGGUGGUUCUCAUUAUAUAAUUGGACCCUUUCUAAACAAAAGUAACGAAACUGUCGUGUGUUGUGUGGAAAUAGAGUGACAGUUUGUCUGUUAGACUGUGACGGACCGUGACAUCUUUCUCUGACGCGUGUGCAUAAGAACCAGCCAGGUGUGGUAUAUUGUGUGACCAGAGCGAAGCAACUCGAUCAUCAUGAAGCAGAAGGACAUCAGGCCCGCGCCCUCUCUAAUCGAGUACAAGAACAUGCGGUUCCUCAUCACCGACCGCCCAUCCGACGUCACCAUUCAGUCCUAUCUUCAGGAGCUGAGGAAGCACAACGUGUGCACGGUGGUACGCGUCUGCGAGCCUAGCUAUGAUACGGCGCCUCUGAAGGCCGAGAACAUUGAAGUACGUGACCUCGCUUACGACGACGGGACCUUCCCACCUGCUAACGUCGUCGACGACUGGUUUGAGAUUCUGCGUGAAAAAGCGCAGAACAAACCUGAAGCUGCAGUGGCGGUGCACUGCGUGGCAGGACUGGGCCGCGCACCCGUCAUGGUGGCCAUCGCUCUCAUCGAACUCGGCAUGAAGUACGAGGAAGCCGUAGAGACAAUUCGAGAUCAACGCCGCGGUGCCAUCAACGCGAAGCAGCUGUCGUACUUGGAGAAGUACCGGCCGAAGUCUCGGCUGAAGAAGAACGGGCACAAAGGUCCAAACUGCUGCGUGCAGUAAGCAGUCCGCGUCCGUGGAGCACCGUCCUGCGCCCGUAACAGCGAAUGUAGCUCUGCUUUCACACACACACUGACACAGGGGAGCAUAGACAACAAUCAAUUAGUUUUUUAUCCUAGUGUCGCCUCUUUUUGACGACUAUUUUCUUUAUUUUUCGUUUCGUUGGGGGGGUUGUAACCGAAUUCUGCCUUAACCUGCAAGAGCUUGGAAUUAGCACAUUCCCUUUGAGUUAACCUAACACGACUGAGAAUUUGGUUAUGAUCUCGGUACCUUAUUACCCGUUUACGACAUGUUUAUCUCGGGUUUUCUAUGAAAUUUAAUUGAGAGCCUUAUUGUAAGCUAAUGUUUGUAUGUUGAAAGUUAAGGUGUAAUAGCCCUUGUGCUGUAAUGUGUAUUAGUGAAAUAUGUUAAUAGAAGCGAGCCACGAUUUGUGUUCAUAGUUGAAACAGUUACUCGGGUAUUCAUAUGCCUAUAUUCAAUCAUAAUAAAUUCAAUAUCCAUAAUAAUGUGAAACAGUCAAUCUAAUUUUCAUUUCUUUCCGUUUGUUAAUAUGUCGUUGUGUGGUGAAAUCAUGUUUUCCUAAUUUUCCUUUGUAGACACUAUAUUUACC